UGAAAAAGGAGAAGCGAUUGAUAGGCGUCAAUUUGUUAACGACGCACGCCCGUAAAGCAUUGUCGGCUAAAAGUUGGUGCGUGUUGCUGCUGCUGCUAGGAUCCUAGGAUCUGUGUCGCGAGCUUGUUUGAAGAAGCCUACUUCUGUCAAAUGACUAGGCAACACGCGAGCCAUAUUUCGGGGAUUGAAGAUCGAUCUUCCGCCAGAUACAUGUUCGCAGAGACGGAGACUGGGCCACCGCCACGUACCGCCAACGCCAGCACCGCGACGGCGGCUCCGCUCGUGUCUAUAUAGCAUUUACUCGGGCUCGCUGUACAAUCGAACCAAUGAGAUGACAUAGCACUGAGCUUCAGCACGCUUUAGUUUUCCAAACGGAAUGACAUGGUAGGACCAACUACGGGGAGUGUUAAAACUCUUUUUGACUUCACAAGAGCUGAAGAGCUAAGCGAGUGGACUGAAUAUUCCGACACAGUAAAACCAAGUGGUACGUCAAAAGCAGCCCUCGUGCUUCAGAAGUCUCAACUUUUCCAAAGGGCUAUUUUCUUCAGUCUGUUCGUACCAAAACCGAGUGGCGCUGGCUUCGCAGCGGUGCGCUCGGACACGAAUUUCGAUUUGAGGGAGUACCAUUACAUUGCCGUCAAAUGUCGCGGCCAAGGGGUGAAUUUCAAGUAUAAAAUGGUUAUCAGGCACAAAGGUCUCAAAAAGGACUGCACCGUAUAUGGACAAGUUUUUACGGUAACUGAAAAUGAAUUCGCAACAGUGAAACUGCCAUUAGAAGAUUUCAAGCCGUACUAUCGGGGGCUACCGCUGCCCGCGGAAACGCAUCCAUUGGACUUAUCGGCAAUUACGAAUAUUGGAAUUAAAGUCGACAAUGGACCGUAUCUCCCGGAUAAUCAGCCUGGAGUUUCAGCGUUGGAAAUCGAUUGGAUUAAAGCUGUUAAGUGAUUCAAACCAUUUAUUUAUUGGUUUAUUUAUUAUUUUAUAUUCACUGCUUUCCUAUUUUACUGAUUUUAUUUAUGUUGCCUCCUUUUUUCUUUUUAACUAGAAUAUGAAAAUAUUCAAUUCUGAUUUGUUCUACGAUAAUCAUAUCUACUUACUGACAAUACUGUAAAAAUAAAUAGUUUAUUUAAACAGUUUAUCGAUAAUAAAAAUAUUUACAUUAGAUUAAUUAAUUUACCAUCGAAUUAUAAUUCUUGUUAUAAUUAAUAAUAAUGCAUUCUUCUGAAAUGGUUUCAUUCCCGUAUAACCCCGAAAUUUCUUAUUCUUAAUUUAGUGAUGAAAGUUCGAUAAUUAGACAUUUUAAUGUAAAAUUUACAACCGUACUUAGUUUAUAAUAUAUUCGAAAAAAUAUACCACAGCUGAUAACUCGAACUAAUAAAACAGUGAAAGUAUAGCAAUUAAGAUUUAAUAAUUUGUUGUCGACAUUAGACAUGCGAGCAUAUAUCUACAAAUAUAUGAUGAUGUAUAUAUAUAUAUGCAGUUUAUAAAACCAUCUAUAAAAUAAUUAAUUAGUCAUUAAAAAUUUUUUCUUUGCAUAAUGCAAAACUAUUCA